AGCCGAGGGCGAGGACUUUGAAAGUUGCUCAGUUCCCCUUUCUGAAAAGGAGAAGGUUGGCCCUCCGGCGGACGGUGGCCCUGGGAGUGUGGAAGAGCUGUUACCUUCCACACGGGUACCUCCUACCCUGCGGCCCCAAAAAAGCAGUUUAGGAUGACGAGAACUAAGGAAAUGACGUUGCUGCUGAUCAGGCUUGGCCAGUAUGGAAGUGUAUGCGGCUCACUUUCACGGUGAAGCCAGAAUCCACCCCAGACUGGACAGACUUCUUUCUGUCUGUUCUCCGAAUCCCUGCCAUGUUUCCCUGUUUGCGCUUUACUUUUGAGUCAUGGGCUCACUAAGUGCCCCAGGCGGGUCUUGAGCUCAUGAUUCUCUUCCCUCUGCUUCCCUAGUGCCGGGCAUGUAGGCACACAGCAGCACAGCCGGUUUGUUUUGUUCUGUCGGACUGCUCUGAGGAGAGGGAGUUGACGUGUCACAUCUCCUCUUCCCUCAAUGCUUGUGAAACUGAACACAGAAGUAUGGAUAUGGGAAACCAACACCCUUCUAUUAGUAGGCUUCAGGAGAUCCAAAGAGAAGUCAAGAGUAUAGAGCCGCAAGUGGUUGGCUUCAGUGGCCUACCGGAUGACAAGAAUUACAAGAAACUGGAGAGGAUUCUGACAAAACAACUUUUUGAAAUAGACUCUGUAGACACAGAAGGAAAAGGAGACAUUCAGCAAGCUAGGAAGAGGGCAGCGCAGGAGACAGAGCGCCUGCUCAAAGAGUUGGAGCAGAAUGCAAACCACCCACACCGGAUUGAAAUCCAGAACAUCUUUAAGGAGGCACAGGUCCUUGUGAAAGAAAAGAUUGUGCCCUUUUACAGUGAGGGCAACUGUGUGACUGCCGAGCUUGAGGAAGGCAUCCAGGACAUCAUUCUGAGGCUGACACAUGUUAAAACCGGAGGGAAGGUCUCUUUGCGGAAAGCAAGGUACCGCACCCUGACCAAGAUCUGUGCAGUACAGGAGAUUAUUGAGGACUGCAUGAAGCAGCAGCCGUCCUUGCCACUGUCUGAGGACGUGCACCCUUCUGUCGCCAAGAUCAACUCUGUGAUGUGUGAAGUGAACAGGGCCAGGGGCACGCUGAUCGCACUUCUGAUGGGCGUGGACAGCACUGAGACUUGCAGGCACCUGUCGUGCGUGCUGUCCGGGCUGAUCGCGGAUCUGGAUGCCUUAGAUGUGUGUGGGCAUACGGAGAUCAGGAAUUACCGGAGGGAGGUGGUGGAGGAUAUCAACAAACUACUGAAAUACCUAGACUUAGAAGAGGAAGCUGACAAUACGCAUGCGUUUGACCUGGGACAGAACCAUUCCAUCCUAAAGAUAGAAAAGGUCCUCAAGAGGAUGAGAGAGAUAAAAGAUGAGCUUCUCCAGGCGCAGAGCCCUCCUGAAUUGUACCUGAGCUCCAAGACGGAGCUUCAGGGCCUGAUUGGACAGCUGGAUGAAGUGAGUGUUGAGAAGAACCCCUGUAUCCGGGAAGCCAGGAGGAGAGCCGUGAUUGAAGUACAGACCCUCAUCACGUACCUGGACCUGAAGGAAGCCCUGGAGAAGAGGAAGCUGUUCCCUUGUGAGGAGAACCCCCCACACAAGGCUGUGUGGGAUGUCCUUGGAAACCUGUCAGAGAUCCAGGGCGAAGUCCUGUCAUUUGGUGGAAACCGAACUGAUAAGAACUACAUCCGUUUGGAGGAGCUGCUGACCAAGCAGCUGCUGGCCCUGGACGCGGUUGACCCCCAGGGGGAAGAGAAGUGCAAGGCGGCCAGGAAGCAGGCCGUGAAGCUGGCCCAGAACAUCCUCAGCUACCUUGACCUGAAGUCGGACGAGUGGGAGUACUGACGGCCAGAGCUGCCCCGCUGCUUCGCACUUUACCUGCUUUCAGAGCUUCCGGCUCAUGAAGCCUAAAUGUAAUUUCUAUGUGCAUAUUCAAUCUCAGUAUUUAUGAUUUAAUCAGAUUAUAUUCAGUAUUUCUGCUGCUUUUGAUGUUGCAAAACGAAUAUCAUUAUAGCACAUUAACUUUUC